AUGGCCGUCGCACGCCCAAUGCGACGCACAAGUCCCAUCACCUUCUUCCUGGCAGCCUUCCUCGCCUUCGGAUUCCUCUUUUUCCUCCUCUCCCCGUCAUCCUCCGCCACCACCGCAGGAGACACCUCCCAGCAACGCCGCGAAGACGCCGCAGACCACCCUCUCUCCCCUCCGACAAAACCCUUCCUCAAAUCCCAACCCGUCCGCAAUGACGGCCUCAAAGCCCCCCCACCAGUCGUACACUACGACCUCAACAAACUCACCACAACCAGCGACUCCGCCGACAAAGGCGAACGAGUCCUCAUCCUCACCCCCCUAGCUCGCUUCUACCCAGAAUUCUGGGACAACCUCGUGCACCUCGACUACCCCCACGAACUCAUCUCCCUGGGCUUCAUCAUCCCCAACACCAAAGAAGGCUCCGCCGCCCUCUCCGCCCUGGAAUCAGCCAUCAGCAAGACGCAAAACGGGCCCAUCCCCUCCCGCUUCGCCAGCAUCAGCAUCCUCCGCCAGGACUUCGAGCCCCCGCUGCAAUCCCAGGAUGAAAAAGAGCGCCACAAGCUCGAGAACCAGAAGGCUCGGCGCGAGAGCAUGUCCCGCGCCCGGAACAGCCUCCUCUUCACCACCCUCGGCCCGGCAACCUCCUGGGUCCUCUGGCUGGAUGCAGAUAUCAUCGAGACUCCCGCCACUCUCAUCCAGGAUCUGACGGGUCAUAAUUACCCGGUUAUCGUACCGAACUGCUACCAACGGUACUACAAUAACGAUCACAAGCAGAUGGAGGUCCGGCCGUAUGACUUCAACUCAUGGAUCGAUAGCUCCAAUGCUCAAUCCUUGGCGGAGAGUAUGGGCCCCGAUGAGAUUCUGCUAGAGGGGUACGCCGAGAUGCCUACGUAUCGUACGCUCAUGGCCUACCUGGCUGAUAUCGAGAGUCCCAAUCCGAGACGUGUGAUCGAGCUCGACGGUGUCGGUGGCACGGCCUUGAUGGUUAAGGCCGAUGUGCAUCGCGACGGAGCUAUGUUUCCCGCUUUUCCAUUCUAUCAUCUCGUGGAGACGGAGGGUUUCGCGAAGAUGGCGAAGAGACUGGGGUAUCAGGUUUUUGGGUUGCCGGAUUAUUUUGUAUAUCACUACAAUGAGUGA